CAGGCGAUUAUGACGAGUUCAUCCACAUCGCUCAGAAUUGACCGUGAAGUCCGAUAAGCAAACUGGAGCACGUGUGGAGCCACGCUGCCUGGAGGAGAAAUUACGCACCGGUGCGCACUGCGUGUCUGCCAGCCAGGCUCGAGGAGGACAAAUCCGAAGUUUGACAGGUUUAAUCGUGUAGUUUUGGCAGAUAGGAGACAUCCUGGCUAAUUGAUUUUUAAAUAGCACAUAUCUGAUUGAAUCUGAAUGGACUUGGAGCUUGUUUGGAAGGGAGGGUGGGAAAAAAAUCAUCCGUGCACUCUCAUGUCGGAGGAAAAGAAUCCAGGGGAGACGGCUGAAGUUUGCGCUGAGAGUGUUGAAUGUCCCGGGGAGGACUCGUUCGGCUUUGGAGACGAUCUGGAGCUGAAUCAGUUCGAUGGAUUGCCCUUUUCCUCCCGUUACUACAAACUGCUGAAGGAGAGGAAGACUCUGUCUGUGUGGAAGCUCAGGUGUGAGUUUGAGGAAGCUCUGGUGAGCAACCAGCUGGUGAUUGUGAGUGGGACAGCCAAGACUGGGAGGAGUACACAGAUCCCUCAGUGGUGUGCAGAGUUCUGCCUGUCUGCCCAGUACCAGCAUGGCAUGGUCGUGUGCACACAGACCAACAGGCAGCAGGCCGUGGAUCUGGCCCUGCGCGUAGCUGAUGAAAUGGACGUCAACAUAGGCCAUGAAGUGGGUUACACCAUCCCUCUGGAGACAUGCUGCUCCUCCGACACUGUCCUGAGAUACUGCACUGACAAUAUGCUGCUGAGAGAGAUGAUGUCAGACCCUUUCCUGGAGCACUAUGGAGCCAUUAUUAUCGACCAGGCCCACGAGAGGACAGUUAGCACAGACAUUCUACUGGGUCUCCUCAAGGACAUCCUGCUGCAGAGGCCCGAGCUCAGGGUGGUGGUCCUCGCCGUCCCGCCCAUGACUGACAAGCUGCUGAAACGUUACGGCAGGAUCCCUCUCAUCAAUCUGGAGGCCUCGUGUCCUGCUGAGGUGGUCCACAGCAACAGCGACAACAAGGACUACUUCUACUCGGCGCUGAGGCUGGUGCUGGAGAUCCAUCGAGCCAAAGAGGACGGAGACGUUGUUGUGUUUUUUGCCUCAGAUGAGGAGGCCCGCUGUGCCCAAAGCAUCCUCCAGAGAGAAGGCACCAGGCUGGGGGCAGACCUGGGCGAGAUGGUGCCUGCGGUUCUGUGCCCAGGCCAGGAAGGGCUACUGCCAUUUCUGACCAAGCAACCAGACUCGAAGACGUCCAGGAGAGUUUUCCUCUCCACCCACCACGGCGAGGACAAGUGGUGGCCGAUAGAGUCUCUCAACUUUGUCAUCGACACAGGAGUCCAGAAAAAAAUGGUGUACAAUCCGAGAAUAAGAGCUAACUCGGAGGUUCUUGAACCCAUCAGUCAAUGUCAGGCAGACAUACGCAAGCAGCUGUCGGGGCCAACAGGUAAAUGUUUCUGCCUGUAUCCAGAGGAGAGCCAGCUUCCUGUGGAGAACACCCCACAGAUACUGGAGUCCAACAUCACGCCAACGGCCCUUUUCUUAAAAAGGAUGGAGAUAGCCGGCCUUGGACAGUGCGAUUUCAUCGACCGACCAGAUCCUGAAGGCCUCAUGCAGGCGCUAGAGGAGCUCGACUAUCUCGCAGCUUUGGAUGAUGACGGCAACUUGUCCGAAAUCGGCAUCAUAAUGUCUGAAAUCCCUCUGGACCCUCAGAUGGCCAAAGCUCUGCUCGCGUCCUGCGAGUUCGACUGUGUGAGUGAGAUGCUGACGAUCGCAGCGAUGCUCUCUGCUCCGAGCUGCUUCCUGAAGCCACCUGCCGGCCUGAGCCAUGAAGCUGUCCAGUGUCACCGGAAGUUCCAGCACCCUGAAGGAGACCACUUCACCCUCAUUAACAUCUACAACGCUUUCAGACAAAGCCAGAGAGAACAAUACAUCAAUUCUGAAAUGUGGUGCCAGGACUAUUUCUUGGAUCACUCCGCCCUGAAGACAGCUGAGGCCAUUAGAUCAGAGCUGACCGACACUUUGAACCGGAUCGAGCUUCCCAUCUCGGACCCCUCCUUUGGAACCAAGACUAACACGCUCAACCUCAAAAGGGCUCUGCUGGCUGGGUUCUUCAUGCAGAUCGCUAGAGACGUAGACGGAGCAGGAAACUACUUCAUAUUGACGCACAAGCACAUGGCCCAGGUUCACCCGUUCUCCGGUUACGGCGCUCAGUCGCAGAAGCUCGGGCUCCCGGAGUGGGUCGUUUUCCACGAGUACACUCUGUCAGAGAACAACUAUAUGAGAACAGUGUCUGAAAUGUCCCCACAAGUGUUCAUUCAAAUGGCGCCACUCUACUUCUUCUACAAUCUGCCACCUAGUGAGAGCAAAGACAUAUUGCAAGGCCUCUUGGACCCAGACAGAUCCAGAAAACAUAAAGAGGAGAAACCGAAAGCUGCCAUAAUGAGCAGUGACGCCAGCAGCGGCUGUGCGGUGAUGCCACAGAGCUACGACAGAUGUGUGAUUCAAUGAUCUGAAAACUUCUUAUCUUAAUGUCAAAUGCAGAAAUGCUUCAAAUAUUUAUAGCCAAUUUAAAACAAGUAUUGUAAUCAUAACUGUUGCUUAAAAGUUGUUUUGAUGGUCUCAUGUACAAUAUGCCGACUUAUUCCGAAGGUGGUGUUUUCUCUGGUGUCAGUUGACAUAAAAAGUAGUAAACAAACUACAAACACUGUUUAUCCGUUGUGAUCUGAAACAAUGUGUAGUCCUGUAUUCUCGAGUUCUGUAUCUGAGGAAGUUUCCUUGUUCCCUGAAACCUUGCAACAAUUCAAGGACCAACCCGUAAACAUUUUGAUGCUGAUAGAUCAGGGAGGAAAUCCAGGAGCUUCUCCAACAU